AUGAAAACAUCCACAUCAUCGACAGCAACAACCACGUUACAAACAAAUACACCUGCAACUAUGAGAUCUCAGUCAUCGUCACAAACCGCAUCACCGAAUCAUUCUCGGAAAAAUGAUAGUAUUCUAUUGUCGUUAGCAACUAGAGUUCCAAAUCAACAUUCAAUAUUAUAUGAUAAUACCCAACAAGAUUUUUUCGUUGUAGCAAAAGGAAAUAUAAAUGAUUUAUCACCGAAUCGGAAAACGAAUGAACGAGUGAAAGAAGAGUUAGAAACUUCUCCAUUCACUCAAACGUCAAAUUCACAACAUGUUUAUCAACGAAAAAGACGGAAAAUUGAAAUAACUAAGAAGGAUGAUAACAAUGUAUCAAGUGAUGAGGAUGAAAUUAAACAUUUAUUUAGAGUAAAAAAGAAGAGACCAGAGACAAGACGAAUUAUAGAAGAUGAUGAAUUGUGUCCACAAACGCAAUUAGCAUUAACUGCCGAACGUGAACGAGAAAAGCGUUUACAAGAAAAACAAAAAUUAUACAAUGAAACAUUGUUGAAUGAACAACAAAAGCUAAACGCCGAAAAUGCUGGUGAGCAACAAGAAUUAAUACUUGAACAAUAUCCGUUAAUUGAAGUUGAUCGACGUCUCGUUAAACAAAUGAAAAAACAUCAAAUUGAAGGUGUACGUUUUCUAUGGGACAAUUGUUAUGAAUCAGUUGAACGUCUUAAACAACAACGUCAUAUUUCUCAAACAACAAUAUAUGAACAAAAUGAUACUAAUGACAUUGGUGGUAGUGGAUGUAUAAUGGCACAUUGUAUGGGACUAGGCAAAACAUUUCAGGUUAUUAGUUUUAUUCAUACAUUAUUCAAUAAUCAAGAAAUAACUGGACUUCGUACUGUUCUCGUUUUAUGUCCGUUGAACACAGUUUUCAAUUGGGAAGCAGAAUUUGAAAAAUGGUGGCUUUCAAAAUUAGAACCAAAGAUUAAAAUCUAUCAAUUUGCCACCGUUGAAAAAGCACAAAGAAUACGAUUUCUAAGAUCUUGGCAUAGUUAUGAAAUGUACCGUUUAUUGACAAUAAAUGACGACGAAAAGGCUAGAAAGAAGUAUCCUGACGGCAAAGAACCACGUAAAUUAUCGUUGGAAGAAAAUGAAGCAAUUGAAAAACAUCGUUUCUAUUUACGUAAUCCGGGUCCUGACUUAAUUGUUUGCGAUGAAGCUCAUAUUUUAAAAAAUUUAGAAGCUGGAAUAACGGUUGUUGUAAAUAAAAUAUUGACAAAACGUCGAAUAUGUUUGACGGGUACACCAAUGCAAAAUAAUCUUUUAGAAUAUUAUGCGAUGGUCAAUUUUUGUAAACCAAAUGGUUUGUUGGGUACAAAAGAAGAAUUUAAAAAUCGUUUUCAAAAUCCUAUUGAAGCUGGUCAACAUCGUGAUUCAAGUCCUAGUGCUGUUAAAAAAAUGAAAUUACGUUCAUAUCUUUUAAAUGAUUUAUUGAAAAAUUGUAUCCAUCGGCGUGAUUUUAAUGUACUUCGAAAAUUUUUACCAAAGAAAAGUGAAUAUACAAUAAAAAUACGUUGUUCUCCAUUACAAAAAGAUUUAUAUGCUGGAUAUUUGGGUUUUCGAGAAGAUGAAGACGUUGGAAAACCAAAAUUAAUUCUUUUAAACAAUGGAAAAUUUAUUAAGCCAAGAUUACUUCCUGACUAUCAUUAUUUAAUGAAAAUCUGGACUCAUCCAUGGUUAUUACGAGCACAUUUUGUUGAUCAUUUUCAUAAAAUCAAAAAUGAUGUCGAUGACAGUCAAGAGGAAAUAAAUCAGUUGUUUAAUCAUGAAGAUGAUGUUCAAGAUAUCAGUAAUGAUGAUAAAGAUGAAAGACCAAAAAAACAAUCAAAAAAGAAGACAGUCGUGUUGAAAUCAAUUUUAGAUCAAUGUAACGAAAUUGGAGAUAAAGUAUUGUUAUUCAGUCGAAGUUUAUUCACAUUGUCGUAUAUCGAAGAGUUAUUAGAAUUGUGGUCAACAAAAACGAUAAAAUGGCAAAAAGGAGUAGAUUAUUUUCGAAUGGAUGGAAAAACGGAAAUCGAAAAACGUACAAGUGAUGUGAAAAUAUUUAAUCAAGAUAAAUCGGCACGAUUAUUUUUGAUAUCAACAACUGCUGGUGGAAUUGGAAUUAAUCUCUUUGGUGCAAAUCGUGUUAUUAUAUUUGAUUGUUCAUGGAAUCCAGCUCAUGAUUUACAAGCCAUGUUUCGUUCGUAUCGUCUUGGACAAAGCAAACCAGUUUUUGUUUAUCGUUUAUUGGUGAAUGGUACAAUGGAAGAAGUCAUUUAUCGUCGACAAAUAACAAAAACGGCUUUAUCACAUCGUGUCGUUGAUGCAGAACAAUUAGAUAGACAUUUUACUACCACAGAACUUCAAGAGAUCUAUUCAUUUACUCCAGAUGAAGGUGAUACAUUGAGUACAAUGAAUGAAGAUAGGAUAAAAGAUGAAAUAUUGAAAACUACUAUUCAUGAACAUAAACAAUUCAUAUUGUCUUGUCAAGAGCAUGAUUCACUAUUAGAAGAUCGUUUAGAAGAAAAAUUGACAGAAGAAGAAAAACAACAGGCAUUAGAUGAAGAUAUAAGCACGGAAAUAGCGGCUCCAACAACACGACGUUAUCAUCGUUAUAAUAGUAUGCCAGGACAGGGGACGUGGCAAAAAGAGACAAAUACUUACAGCGAUGACGAUAAUAAUUAUGUGGAUAGCGAUGACUGGGGACAUCCAGUAUCACCUGAAGGUGACUCAGAUUCUUCGGAAACAACGUCAGCGACAAAUAACAUUUUGAAUAUAUCAAAUAUUGCCAACUGA